CAGCAGCAACAAUACAUCUAAACGUAGUAAUUUUAGCAGAAAUCUUGUGAUCUAUGAUUGUUUAAUGUUUUCUGUGGUUGUUUGAAAUUUUACUUGUCUAAUUAAACUAUAUGUAUAUUUGUAAGAUAUAUUAGUAGAAAACAAUUAUGUUCUUCAAACGUUCCGUUUUAUUUUCAAUAUUUCUAUUUAUCUUCGUUUUACAAUUAGUAAAUUCCGAUGAAGUGCCCACAAUAUUAUGGAAUGUUAAAGGGAAUGCAUUGCUUGUGAAACCCGUGUCAGCUUUAGAACGAGACGACUGGUCUUUUAAUGAAAAUGUUGAAACCGUUUUGAGUAAUAAUAAUAAUGCCAAUAUUUUGGUUUUCUCUGUGAAUAAGCUGAGCUCUGAAGACUUCUCUUCCCACGAAACAUCCCCCAACAGUACAAUAAGCAAUUUACAAGAUUUUCUGGAUACUAGGCCUUACAUUUAUAUGUCCUCAGUGAGAGAUCCUCUGAUUCGUCUUCACAAUGUGCAUUGCGGUGUUCAAGAGAUUGUUGUUGAUCAAAGCAUAGAUGAAAAUAUCUUGCAGUCUGUAUCCUUGGCAUUUGGGCAAUCAUGUGUUGUCAUUUUACACUUAUCAGAUUUUGGAAUUUUCAAUACAAAUGAUCAGAAGCCGGAAGCAAUUCAAAGAGUGUUCCUCCCUCUCCUUUCUGACGUUUCAAAAAAUGUUGUCGGAAUUUUCACAGCCGAAAAGUCAUCGUGGAGUGGCAUCACCAGUGAUCAUCACUUCACAAGGAAUUUGUUUGAAAUUGAUGAAGCUGACCCCAACUUCUUAAAUUUAACGUGUGUUUACAUGUACAUUUCAAAUGCCACUGUGCAGUACAAGAAUGAAUCAGCACAGCUUGCUCUUCCCCCUAAUGGUGAAGGCACCACUUGUGGAAAUGACUCUGUUUCCUUGCAACUGACAUUCGUACCAUCAGGAGAUUUCUUCACUAGUGUUGUUGUCAACUUCCUCUUCAAGCAAGUGAUGGGGUCUUGGGUGACUGAGACGACCAUCAGUGUGUCCGGAAAACAGGUUCCGUCAGGUGAUCUGCCCACCAUCAGUGAUUUCAUUGAAGCACCCUUGAAAUACUCCUUCAAUUGUGGAGAGUUGAAAUUGAAGACUACAAACGAUACCAAUGUCAUCAUCACCAUGCAAGAAUUUCAGGUUCAGCCAUUCCCUACCGAUUCGUCUGGUUUCAGCGAAAGUUUUGACUGUGUCUCGUUCUUCACCGUCCCCAUCUGGAUGGGCGUGUUUGUGUCACUCUUGUUCAUCAUCAUCAUAAAUAUUGGCGUGUAUGCUCUGUUUUCUGUUCACACUAUGGACAGAUUUGAUGAUCCUAAGGGGAAAACUAUAUCUGUAGCAGUCGGCAGUGAUUAGUCCACUCUUUGUUUCAGGGUGUUCAUUUUAGUGACAAUUUCUAUUCUGCAGAUUCUGAGUAAAUGUUUAAAUACAAUAGCUGCCAACUCUGUUUAAAUUAAAAUUCUCCUGGUUUUUGUACAGUAUAGAAAUUUUCCUAAAACUGAGUAAGUUUCCUAAAAAAA